UAUAAAUCACACUUUAAAAAUCAUAACAAGCAAUAGAUAUGGGAUUAGAAACUAUAUUAGCAAAUAAUGGAGAGUCUAAGGCAUUAUACUUAUUUCAUUAUAUACCGGUUUUAGCUCCAGCAGCAGUUGCUUUAGCGCUAUAUGGACUAAUGACAAUCUAUUUGACAAUUCGAAUCUAUAUCUCUAAAAGCCCACGGUUUCUAUAUAUUCUAGCCUUUACUGCCUUAAUGGAAACUAUAGGAUUUGCAAUUCGACUCAAAUGUCACUUUUUCACAGAUCUUGGAAAGUAUGUUGGAAUGACUUUGUUUUUAUUAUUAGCUCCCAAUGCAUUAGCCUUAGUUAACUAUAAGGCAGUGGGUGAAAUCAUUCGACUAUCAAAUGUUGAAGAAAAGAGAUACUAUCUUCGACCCAAGUUUGUUACCUGGUUCUUUUUUGGAAGUGAUAUCUUUUCAUUUUGUUUACAAGGCGCUGGUGGUGGUUUACAGUCAACUGUAGGGUACAAUGAAGAAGGCCGAAUUGUUACAUUAAUUGGUCUUGCAGUUCAAUUGAUUUUCUUUGGCUGUUUUGCAGCUAUUACCGUUUAUGUGCAUCGCCAUUCACGAUAUAAUUAUUAUGUUGAGAAUAGCACAAAUCCAAAAAAGAAUUUAAUUCUUUGUCUAUAUGUUACUAUUGUUUUAUUAUACAUUCGAUCCAUCUAUCGUGUUGCUGAAUAUGCUACUGGAUAUGGUGGGCCUAUUGCUCGCUUAGAAUGGGCAUUCUAUGUGUUUGAUACCAUUAUUAUUUUUAUCAGUUUCAUCGUCUAUUCUAUCUUCUUUAUUGGUGAUUAUCUUCCUAAAUAUGACUCAAUCAAUAACAGUCAGCGAGCUUCAUCGAAAUGCAGUAGUAGUAGUAGUAGUAGUAGUAGUCAAACAGAAAGAAGUAUAGAUAUCGAAAAAAAAUAAAAAUCUAUCGUAUUUAAUUAUGAUAUUAAAUUAAGAUGCAC